UAGGCAAGUGUACCCAGGGUAUGGGAAAAGUCCUCUCCACGAAGGUAAACUAGAUGCUACCCUACUACUACUACUACACCGACUUCCGCAAAGAUGAGACGAGGUGACUGAGGCGCCUCCUCCCCAGUCCCCAGCCCCCAGCCGUACGCGUCAUCAGCGUGCGCCGGGAGAAGCGCAGCAGCAGCGGCAGCCAGUGACGCCGGGGUACGUGGCGCUGACGUCAGCGAAACCUCCGGCACAGAGUAAGUCAUCAGCGGAGGUAGCUGGUGAGACGGACGGAGAAUUGUGACGUAGAAAGAACUCCGGCCCAGGACCCAUGAACACUCGUAAACGUCUCGGUUCCCGCAACACUGAGAACGGAGUAUACGUAGGACCCCCCCAGACCCAGGUCCUGCCCUCCCAAACCUCCUCAGAAACUUCAUCUCCCCCUGUUCUUGCCCCACCGAUUGACGUCAUGUCUUGCCGGGAUCGUACUGCUGAGUUCAUGUCUGCUUGCAAGUCUUUGCGUGGACGGCAGAAUGGAGUUCAGCUGUCCAAUCCCACUCUCAAUGCUGUGAAACAGAGAAGUGAAUUCACUCUUAUGGCUAAACGCAUCGGGAAGGAUCUUAGCAACACAUUUAGCAAACUGGAAAAGUUGACGAUACUGGCUAAAAGAAAGUCUCUUUUCAAUGACAAAGCUGUGGAAAUUGAGGAACUGACAUACAUUAUCAAGCAAGACAUUGGUAGCCUGAAUCAGCAGAUUGCUCAGUUACAGUCAUUUGUUAGAGCUCGUGGCAGUCAGAGUGGAAAGCAUCUUCAGACUCACUCUAAUACUGUGGUGGUCUCUCUUCAGUCAAAACUGGCAUCAAUGUCUAACGAUUUCAAGUCUGUUUUGGAAGUAAGGACCGAGAAUCUAAAGCAGCAGCGGAGUCGCAGGGAGCAGUUCUCUCAGCACCAGGUCCCUGCUCUCCCCCUCCAUCACAAUAGCAUGGGUCCUUCAGUUCUCCUCCAGGAUGACUCCCGUAGACAUGGAGAAGUGACAAUAGAGAUGGAUUCUAAAGUUAGCCAACAGCUGCAGCUCAUAGAUGAGCAGGAUUCCUAUAUUCAAAGCCGAGCAGACACAAUGCAGAAUAUAGAAUCCACCAUAGUUGAGCUGGGCUCCAUUUUCCAACAGUUGGCUCACAUGGUAAAGGAGCAGGAGGAAACUAUACAAAGAAUUGAUGGGAAUGUAGAAGAGACGCACCUAAAUGUGGAAGCCGCCCACUCGGAGAUCCUGAAAUACUUUCAAUCCGUCACAUCAAACCGCUGGCUGAUGAUAAAGAUCUUUCUUAUACUUAUUGUUUUCUUCAUCAUCUUUGUGGUUUUCCUGGCUUGAAAUAACCCCCCUAACAAUCAAAACUGUCCACACACUCCGUACUACCUCCGGACAUCCCAGUACGGCAACAUGGAGGAAAUAUCACAAAGUGUCAGCAUGUGAGUGUGUGGAGGUGUAUGUGUGGACUGGGAUGUGUGUGUGUGAGUGACAGAUGACGUGUGAUGAUCAGGGGUGGACCUACUCUCUUACUACACCUGUAGAGUAGUGGGAUGCCUUCCCUUGGACAAUAUGGUGCACAUAUAUGAUAGUGUCAUGAGAGAAUAUACGGUUUGUGUGUGUGUGUGUGUGUGUGUGUGUGUGUGUGUAUAUGUAUAAAUAAAUAUAUUAUUAUAUAUUGACAAUUACAUAUAAAUAUAGUUUAGACCAGAGGUUCUCAAACUCGGUCCUCAGGACCCCACACAGUGCAUGUUUUGCAGGUCUACUCACAGAAUCGCAAGUGAAAUAAUUGGCUCCACCUGUGGACCUUUUAAAAUGUGUCAGUGAGUAAUUAAUACACCUGUGCACCUGCUGGGUUACCUGCAAAACAUGCACUGUGUGUGCCCCCGAGGACCGAGUUUGAGAACCUCUGGUUUAGACCAUGUAAUAUAUGUACACACAGACACACACUUUAUCAGUGACUUGAGUGAAAGUGGCGAGUAGAUUGGAUGGAGUGAAAGUGCUGUGUAUGUGUAGACAUUGCCUGUGUGUGUGUGUGCACGUUUGGGUCAUACAUACACAGGCUGUGACAUUUGCCAAUGUUCAUCAAGUGAUUGGAUAAGUAUGUGUGACGGAAAGUUUAAUCCAACUUAUCUGAAGUGUCUUACUGGAACUCCCCUCAAAUCAAUGUGAGGCAUGUGAAAGGAUCGGCCAGGUUCCUCUGCCUCUGUAUAAAGACUACACAUUCUUGUUUUAAUCACUUGUAGACUGUUUUUUGUUUUUAAAUUAUUAAUAAUAGUCUAACAUUAAAAGAAUUGAUAUCACAUCGGGCAAAACUUUGCCCUCUCUUGCUGGGGAAGGUCUCGCAGGGAUGGAUGAUAUGACCAGGAGAGGAGGGUAUUGUUUUUAUUAACACAUUCCAUAAAUCUACCCUGUUUUGUUUGAGGUGAAGACUGUGACCUUGAAACAAUGUACAAAUUGUAUAUAGCGCGGAAUGCCGAAAAAAAAUAUACAUUUCAGCUCAGUAA